AUGACCUGGCUCUCGAACGCCUUCCUCAAACUGCGCGCAACCAUGAGCUCACCCUCCCCCGCUACUGCAGGCCGUCGCGCCAUUGGUCCCGCGAUCCAGACUACCACCCGCAAGUCACCCAUUCAGCAGGCGCCCAAGCUGGUCAAGCAGGCGAAGGCCCACCCCGAUGCAUCGCGUCUCGGCGGCACCACGAACCCCGACUAUCUGGCUUGGCAAAAGGCGUGGGAGAAGUUCGGGGAGCAGCCAAGCGCGCACCAACGCCUCGCGCCCUACGCGUGA